GUUAGCACUCCAAAGGGGAGUCAGGUUUUUUUUUGUGGCUUUGUUUGGUUAGGACAGUUUCUCAGGAAAAUGAGUAUGGAGGGAGCCAUACAGGCCCUGUUACAAGCGGUGGCCGCCCAACAAGAGGCAACUAGAGCUCAACAAAUAGCUCAUCAGGAUGCAAUGCGAAUGUAUCAGGACACGUUACAGGUCCAGCACUGCACCAACCAGCUGCUCAGAGAAGAGCAAGAGAGAAACACCCGGGAGUUAAGAGAAGGCCUAAAGGGGCUAGCGGACCAAAUUGGGGCUCAAUUACCAGCUGCAAAUACCCAGAAGCGGGCCAAUCAUUUUCUUCAAAAAAUGACAGCACAGGAUGAUGUGGAAGCAUAUCUUACCACCUUCGAAAGGACGGCAGAGAGGGAGAAGUGGCCGAAAGAAGAAUGGGCAGGGCUUCUGGCACCAUACCUGGCAGGGGAUGCUCAAAAAGCAUAUUUCGACCUGGAGUUGAAAGAUGCACAGGAUUACGAUAAACUAAAGGGAGAGAUCUUGACUAGACUGGGAGUGACCGAUACCGUGAGGGCACACCGCUUCCACCAGUGGUCCUACCGACCGGGACAACCCCCACGAACACAGAUGUUCGACUUGAUUCACCUGGCACGGAAAUGGUUGCGACCAGAGACCCGGUCAUCCGCAGAGAUCGUCGAGACCAUCGUACUCAACCAGUUUCAGCGAGGUCUACCCCAAGAAGUGAGACGAUGGGUUGGCCAGAACGAGGUACUUUCCUCCGACCAUCUCGUGGGCCUGGUUGAACGGUAUUGUACGGCAGGAACAGCUGAGCAGGCACAGAAGGAAAGAUUCCCGUUCCCCAGGCCUGGGCGAACCAGCGGACAGGCUUCAUCUCAUGUGACAGAAUGCAGCAGCCAACAUACAUUGGGGAGUACUGGCGUUACGGUUGGUACGGUGGCAUCGGAUCUGGGUCGCCACCAAUGGAACCGGGGGUACCUAGCCAGCUCGUCCGGCUUCCACGCCCUAGCUGGCUCGAGAGGUUUCCUUGCCCCGGUUGGCUCGGAUGGCGCCCACGUCGUGCCUCGGCCGGAUCGUCAGUUCUUGUUCGCCAAGCGUCUUGGUGUGCUUGGACCAAGUUAG